AUGCACAUGCACAGCAGAGCUCGUAAAUUCAAAACUGGUGCAACAGAUACUUUUGUACCAGAUCAAUUCAAAGCCUGUAACUGUACUUCCAAAACUGAUAGUUCCACAGUAAAAACACGUAAAACUACUGAAAAACUAUCAAAGAAAAGUAGAGCAAAUCCGUCUAAAGCAAUCGGUACCGAAAAAGAAAAUUUUGCAACAGGUCAGUCCAAAACUGAUAGUUCUAAAACAGAUGCUUCUAAAAAACUAUCAAAGAAAAGCAGAAAUAAACAUAAACUCAAAACGAGGAUAACAGAUAAUUUUGCCUCGGAUCAAUCUAAAGCAGAUGAUACCGAAACAGAAAAUGUUGCAACAGAUCAGACGAAAACAAAGGAUUCUAAAACAGAUACUUCCAUAAUAAAAGCACGUAACACUGAAGAAUUAUCACAGAAAGGCAGAACCUAUUUAGCCCCACAUCAAUCCAAACACAUACCGGUUACCUCAAUAGAUGACAACAAUGAUAAUGAAUUGCUGAGUCUACCGAUUACACCGGUUGAUAUCUUGCCGCCGGUGAAAUACAAGUACUAUGAUCAUCCAAAAAAUCUGAAAUACAAAGGCUCAUGCCUCGAUGGUGAUUACGGCACAAGAAUACACGCGUGGGGGGACAGUCUCAAAGAGGCGUUUGAACAAUGUGGCAUGGCCCUAUGCGGCUACAUGGUGGACCUCACACUAGUGGAGAUUCAUAAAAAAUUUUAUAUAGAAGUAGAAGCUGAUGAAGUUUUGGUCCUGUUGUACAGAUUUAUCGACGAACUGCGCUGUUUAUAUAUCACUGUACCUUGCUUUCGUUGCAAAAAAUUGGAAAUAACAAAAUUUAAAACGAACAGAAAUGGUUGUUUUAUUGGCUGCAACUGUUUUGGUGAAGAGGCUAAAAAAGACAAGCACUGGUAUGGUAUUACAAUCGAAGGCACAGAUUUUGUAAAUAUGAAAAUCGUUAAAGACCCAGAUAAUAAUAGAUUUGAAAUAUGUUGUACAAUUCAUGCAUGUUCUUGAAUAUAAU